AUGGAAAAUGCUCUUGAAUUCGUCAUGCCCCAAGCAGAGGACUCGACUGUAACAACCGUUUCUUUCGACCAGUCUGAAAGUCAAGAUGGCGCAUCGAACGAUGGAGAAACCAGCUUUGCGAGCCACGAAACCGCGCACUUCACCGAACAUCACGGCGAUCACGACGAAUUUGACGAUUUGAAUGCAAUAACAGAAGAGAACGAGCCGCUCUGGACAGCUUCAACCCCUGACGAUCCAAAUCAAAUGAUGGAGGUAGAAUCGACGAGCCCUAACUCUAGCAAAGCGAACUUUCGAAUGCCCCUGACAAAUCUCAAACGACGAAAGUCACCUGGAGGAGCUGAAGCACAAGAAUUUCACACGCGAGUCAAUGCCAAGUCAAAGGUUAUGUUUUCGUGUGACGUAUGCGAUUUGGAAUUUUGCGACCCAAAACUGGCGGUCAAACACAUUUCCGAAAAUCACAUCCCUUCCAUGCCUAAUCUUGGCGCCAGCUCAACGAUGAACCAGGAGCCGCAGCUGAUCAUCAGCAAUCCGGACGGAGUCAAGACACAAUUCCUCAUGGACGGGCAGCGCCUUUCCGUCUCCACGCCUCUCAACUACCCCAAGCCGACUCAAAAGAGCAAAACUGUUCCAAUCGAAGCUGCUCCAAAAGCUCUGCCUUGGAAGUAUCGCCAGUCGGAAGCAUCGCGAAAGAUCGAUCAUGUAGAAGUUGCUUCUGUCCCUAUUCGAGGAGCGCAGCCUAAUUUUCAGCAAAUGCGAAAACACGGCAGCGACGAGUUUCUCAGAGAAGACCAUCUUGAAGAUCAAAAUCGAAAUCGUCAGCUGAUGGCUCCUGUUGGAAACCCCGUCGUUGUCGACGCUUACUCGAGUAGUCACACCUCGCCAUUGUCCUUUCCAGAAGAUGUGCUUGAAGCGGACCUAAUGGGAAUGUCCAAAUCCGACAAGGCAGUUACUAUCGGCGAGAAACGCUUCACAUGCGAGAAGUGCAACAAGCAAUUCUACCGCAAGAAUAAGCUUCUGCAACACAUGGACGGACACGCGGCGGAAAAGAUGCAUCAAUGCCAGUACUGCGGGAAACGUUUUCAGUUUAAAACAUCGCUUGUGCACCAUUUGAAUUGUCACUCAGCGAAUCCGCGAUUCAAGUGUCAUUUCUGUGGCAAAAUACUCUCCGCGCACAAGAUGCUCCUCAAACACCUAGUGAAGCAGCAUGGCCAAUCUGUAGACGAUGAACUUGUUCCCGUCCACAAAUGCGAGGACUGCGGCUACAAGACGAUUUAUAAGUCCGAUUUGACCAAGCACAGGCGGAAACACACUGGAGAAAAGCCCUACAGAUGUCCCAUUUGCUUCAAAGAAUUCUCUGAUUCGUCGAUUCUGCGAAGGCAUGAAGUUGUGCACACAGGCGCGAAACCGUGGAAGUGCAGCUUCUGCGAUAAAGCAUACACUCUCCGCUCCACUCUGACUAAUCACAUCAAAAAGGCGCACAGUGCUUGGGCAAAUGUAAAUGUCUGUACCUAUCAGAAUUGCAACAAAGCCUUUGCGACGCAUGAUGAGUACGUCAAGCAUUCAAAAGAAUGCCGUGGCAAUUAUCAGCCAUCGCCCAGCACUGCCUCGCCCGUCUCUGCAAAAGAAACAGAAAUUCUUAUAGGCAACUCUUCGAAGCAGUGCAAGUUUCUCGGCACUCAAGUUCCGAACGGCGAUCUUCACAAGAUCAAUUCUGGCUUCCAGAUUGUCAAUGUGCCUCAAAACGACGAAUCCAAGGUCCAAAUAAUCGCCUCGCUCGAGCACUCGCAUUUGGAAGACGGAAUAACUCUUGACGAUGCUGGACGAGUUUUUACAAACCAACAACUGGAGACGAUUGUAUUCGAUCGACAACUGACUCAGAGCGACUCGAACGUCCUUCAAGUUGAGAAUGGUCUCAGCCAAGAAUACAGAAUAGUCGGAAUCCUGCCAGAGAACACUUCUCGAAAGACGAUGCGCGUACCAACCACAAGCAUGGUUCCGAUCUCGACGUAUUCCUCGACUAUGUACGACUCUGACAUGAAGCCGGUCAAUCAGAUCUCUACAGCCUACAGACAGAUGGUCGUUCAAGAUGCUCGACAAAAUGGACAUGUUCUGAAUGAGCAAAUUGAAUUCGCUCAACAGAAUCCGAUUGUCUACCAAGAUGCAGACGAGUCGAAAAGCUUGAUAGUCUCGAGCGCGAGUAAUGGCAGCAUUCACCUGCUGCAGUACGCUGAACAUGGUUGCGAUUUCCAAAUUGUCGAGCUUUUCGACAAGAGCAAGGUUGGAAGUCUUUCGGAGGCGAAACCGAGCGAACGAUUCAUGGGAGAAGCGUACGUCGAUAACCAUCUCAAAUCGAGUGAAUGGUGCCAGUACAAUGUGCCUAGAAUUCACGUCCCUGAAGGGAUAGAGUCCAUGGAAGCUAAGGAGAACUUGGCAGCAGCAGAGAUCGUCGAUGAGCAAAUCAACUGGGCAUUCUUCAUGUCGACUCCGGGAGUAUUAAUUUCCAUCAAGGAAGAGCACCAGAAUCUCGUCAGACACAUCUCGAAGAGCAUGAAUUCUCAUAUCAAUGACUACCCGGUCAUGGCCGAGAUACCAGUAGUGAUGAAGACUGAUGACGAAAAUAACGAGGUGGAAAAUGGCGCGUUGAAAGCCUGGAGAGUCUGGGACUCGCUCAGAAUGGCUUGCGAUCAUAAAUUAAGGCUGCUAACAGUCCUUCGUUUGGGAACAGAGGUGCCGCUAGAAUACGAAAAAGAUUUCAACCGAUGGUUGGGCGAGCCUAUUUACGCCAUCAUCAUCGAGGACGACUGUUGGACACUGAAUCGAGCCGGUUAUCCUUGUCUCACCAAGUCGCAUCAGAACUUUAUCAGCAAGUUCGUGCACAUGGACCCACUGAUCAUCAUUGAAACGAAGGGAAUGAACGAGGAAUUGCACCUGCGAGUGUCUUACAUCAAAAAUGGAAAGUGGCCGCAGUGGUUGAGAAAUGUGCCGGACAUUAACGGCUAUCGCGAAUCCGGCCAGUCCGUCUCAUUGAUGGACUAUCUUCAAACGCCGCUUCAGCCGUUGAUGGACGAUUUGGAAUCGCUGACUUACGAGACCUUCGAAAAAGAUCCAGUGAAAUACGAUCUUUAUCAGCAAGCAGUAGAAAAGGCUCUGAAGGCGAAAGAUUUGGAUGAAACGAUAGUUUUCAUGCUCGGUGCUGGAAGAGGCCCAAUUGUCGAUAAGAUUUUGAGGGCUGCGAAGAAUGUCGGCAAGAGGAUCAAAGUCUAUGCGAUCGAGAAGAAUCCAAGUGCAGUCAAUAUUCUCAGACUUAAGAAUAAUGAGCUACAGAUGUGGGGAGGCAAUGUGGAAAUCAUAUCCUCGGACAUGCGUGAUUGGAAGCCGGAUUUCAAAGCUGACAUUAUAGUCUCCGAAUUGUUGGGUUCUUUCAGCUGUAAUGAGCUUUCGCCUGAAUGUCUUAUUGGAGCCAAUCAUCUGCUAAAGGAUGAUGCUAUUUCUAUACCCACAUGGUAUACUUCGUACCUGGCUCCGAUGACGUCAGAAAGUCUCUACCGAGCUGUGAAGAAAAGUGCCAAGGUGGACAGACCAGCGUCCUUUACAUUCGAAUGCAAUUACGUAGUUAACAUGAACAACAAGCUUAUUCUUGGCGAAGAAAAGGAAGUAUUCUCCUUCAGCCACCCGAAGGCCUUCAUGAAAGGUGGCAAUUCCUUCGAUCAGCGAGCUUGUCUUUCAUGGAAGCUGGCUUCCGAAGCCCGAGUUCACGGUUUCGCUGGCUACUUCCACUGCUGUCUGUACGACGAUGUGUUCAUGUCGAUUACUCCGAAGCAUCACUCGCCUAAAAUGUUCAGUUGGUUUCCCGUGUUCUUCCCGAUCGAAACACCAAUGAAAGUGCGGGCUGGCGAGACUUUAACAGUACACAUGUGGCGUUGCACGAGAAAGCGCGAUGCCAAAACUUGGUACGAAUGGCGAGUCACCUCUCCGGACGUCACCCGUACUUUCAACCCAGCUGGUCGAGCCCAAUCAAUCGGCUCCCACUCCUAG